AAAUUUGGUUUUUUUGAAAAAUACUUCAUUCGUGCUCUCCAUAAAAACCCAUCUCGAGAAUUUCCCAAUUUUUUCCAACCCAUUUCCCAAUCCUAAUCCUAAGUCGCCGUUGUCAACUUCUACCUAGAAUCGAAGAAACUUUCAUCUUUAAACCGCCCCGCCCUAUACACUUGGUUCAAAUUCUUUCAAACCAUGUAAUCAAUUCUCAAUCCAAGACUCUCCCUUUCUUCAAUUUCAAAAACCCAUCAUCGGAUCUCGCCAUGGGUGUUCAAAAAGAUCGAAUCAGAUUCAACGUAGGAGGCAGGAUCUUCGAAACAACCGCCACAACGCUCGCUAUCGCCGGCGCUAAUUCAUACUUCGCCGCCUACUUCGACGAUAAUUGGGACCUCCAAUCGCAAAACUCCGGCGAACACUUCAUUGAUCGAAACCCAGAUUGCUUCGCCGCCUUCCUUGACCUUCUCCGAACCGGCGAACUUAACAUCCCAUCAAACGUCUCCGAAAGACUUCUCUACAGAGAAGCUCUCUUCUACGGUUUACUGGAUCACGUCCGCACAGCCAAGUGGGAUCAAUUCGACGGAAAUCGUCUCCGUCAUUCUGGAUCCAUUAUCGGUCGUGCCGCCGGCGAUGGAACAGCCAUCCGAGGUGGUCCUGACGGCGGUUGUUGCGUUGCCCAUGGAAGUAUGGUUCAUGUCUAUGAUUGGACAAUGGAAGAAAACCCAUCAAUCAAUCUCGAUUACCAAAGAAUCAACGAUAUCGGAUGGAUCGAUUCACAGACGAUCGCGGUUGCAGCCUGCGAGCGCUUGGGCCGGAGCGGCGACGGUGGAAUGGGUAUUUUCAGUGCGAAAACAGGGGAGCUCCGGCAUAAGUUUCAAGUCAGACAUGGAGAAGAUGUGAAAAGUUAUACAGCAGGAGCGAUGAGCUUUAAUUCAGAUGAUAAGAUAUUCUGUAGUUGUAAAGGAAGAUCAAAUGAAUAUGGAAUCGGAGUUUGGGAUCAGAUCACCGGAAAACAGAUUGAUUUUUACUAUGAACCGAUGGGUUGGUCACUUGGUGAAGCAGAUAGAUUACAAUGGCUAAAUGGAACAAAUUGUUUGUUAUCAGCAACCUUAUACCCAAGAAAGGACAACUGUUACAUUAGUCUUCUCGAUUUUCGAGACAAGAAUAGUAUGGCCCUUUGCUGGUCGGACGCCGGAGCUCCGGUGACUGAUGAGAGGCGGGUCAGGGAUGCAAUUGGAAUGUGUGAGACUGGUUCCAUCUGUGUUGUGAACGAGUAUGAAGAAUUAGGGUUUAUGGAUCUUAGGAAUCCAGGGGCUAAUGUGAGAUGGUGCUCGAGAAGUAGGUUAAUAACGAAAGGGAAAAUGUCCGAUGAACCGUGUGUGCCCAAAUUGGCUUUGCAUCAAGGUCAAUUGUUUUCGUCUAUGAAUGAUAGUAUUUCGGUGUUUUCGGGUCCGGAUUGGGUGCUCACGUCUAGAGCCCGAAGGGGUUUUGGAGGUUCGAUAUGUGAUUUCUCGAUAGGGGGUGAUCGACUUUUCGCACUUCAUAGUGAUGAAAAUGUGUUUGAUGUAUGGGAGACUCCACGGGCUCCUCUUCUAUGACCCAAUAUGGUUUUGGUUAUGGUUUUCUUAUAAGAAGAUAAGAUAGGAAUUUCAAUUUUAUACAUUGAAUAGGGAUGUGAUAUUUAAAUCUAAAACUAGAAUUACAAUAGAGGAUGUGAUAGUCUAAUCUUUUGUGUUAGAAAAUGUUUUAUUAACAUCAUACAUUUAGACUGUUUGGUAUUGUUGGGUUGUAAGUUUGUAUGGAAUAAGACAUAUUUGCCCUCUAAUUGUUCAAAUAUAUAGUUGAUUCAAUCUU